AUGUCAACUAUCAAAUUUAACGCAGGUAAAGUCCAGUAUGACGAAGAUACAAAGAGGUGUACACCAUUACCACACAAAGGUACUAUAACAAUAAAGCCAAGUGCUGACGAAGAGAGCUUUUUCGAUUUUAUCUGGACACCCAAAUCUUCAAGUGGUUUGGAAAAAGAUGAAUUAUUGAUAAUUCCUGGCGAUAUCAGCUUCAAACAAGUUGUUAGUUGUAAGACAGGUAGAGUGUUUGCUUUGACAUUCUUGAGUUCUGGUGCUAAAUACUUAUACUGGUUACAAGACGUAGGAGAUGAUGAACAAUUGAACAAACUCACUGAAAAAGAUCAACAGAUUGUCAAGAAGAUUCAAGAUAUUAUCACUCUUGACGACGACGAAGAUAUGGAACAAGAAAGUGAAUUACCAUCGGAGACUGAAACAGUCAAACAAGAACAACAAUUCACUUUACCUAUAUUGGAUUUAGAUGAUGCAUUUCCAUUUGAAGUGUUACAACAAUUCAUCGAUGAGUUAUCGGAAGAAGAAUUUGCAAAGUUUAUCGAAGAUAAUUCCAAUGAUUUACCAGAAACAAUUAAAUCAAAUCCAACCAAACAAGGGUUCAAUGAUUUAAUGAGAUCAGGAUUCUUCCAACAAUCAAAAGCGAAUUUAUCCAAUCAUUUGAAAAGAAAUAAUGGUUCUGGAUUUUUAUUAGCUCAAUUAUUCAAGCUCAAUUACCAAGGUGAAGGCAUAGGUAACUUCUUACAAGCCUUAAGAAAAUCCAAUCAUGAAAAAAAAUAA